AACACCACAGCACACCCGGAUGCAGCUCAGUGCAGCUCUUCAACAACUUCAGAUCCUCCAAAAACCACGGGCGGCGGCUCCGCGAGAGCAGCGCUGCGGCUCCGCCGCGGCCGCCCCGCCGAUCCACACGCCUCACAGGACGAGUCUCCAUGGAUCCUGUGGAGAUUCCUCCUCUUCCGCAAGCAGUGCAGGUGGUGUCCAGCACUUGGGCGAGAGACUCGCAUGACCUCUUCGACUUUGAGGCGCACCACCUCCACACCAAGACCUUCACCGUCUUGCAACCCAUGGUUUGUGUCCGAAACGACACAGAGGUGAUGAUGAUCCGCGACAACAUGUCAAUGCCCAUGGGGAGCGACCCACUCCUGCGCAUCACGCAGAAGGACGAUCGAUCCUUUUGGGUGGACAAGGUUUCAACCAGCACGAACUCGAAAAAGCUUUGGCGCGUUGUUCGAGCCUCGAGCACAGGGCAUCACUUGACAGAAGGUGACAUCAUCAAAUUGGGCCGCUUCAAGUUCAAAGUGAGACAACUGGGCACCAGUCAGAUGGCGCAGCCAGAGCUUCGCUUGGACGACGCCAACGGCGCUUGCUGUCCGGCCAGCUUAGAUCAUGAAGCUCUUGCGGCCACCUUGUGCCGAAUCUGCUUGCUGGAGGGCUCGACUGAGGAAGACCCGUUGAUCACCCCUUGCCUUUGCAAGGGCUCGAUCGAGUUUGUGCACUUGGGCUGCCUCCGUUAUUGGAUUCGCGGCCGCUUGAACAUCACGGACAGUACCAGUGGAGGCAGCUACUUCUACAGGCCCUUGGCCUGUGAACUUUGCAAGGCGAUCUAUCCAACAUAUGUGACCAACUCGAGCACCGAGCGAGUGCCCCUGGUGGAGGUGCCGCGAACAACGCCGCCCUUCAUCGUCCUAGAGAAUUUGGUCAGAGACUCGCAGCAGCAUGCCUCUCGCGGGUUACACGUGAUCUCUUUGGCAGACAAGGUUCUGAAACUUGGCCGCGGACACGAGAGCGAUGUGCGGAUUGCGGACGUGUCCAUUUCCCGUUGUCAUGCGAUGAUCCGUUUCAACCAAGGGAGCUUCGUCUUGGAGGACAACGACUCCAAGUUCGGCACACUAGUCGCCAUGAAAAAGGCUCGGCUGCUGGAGCCGGAAGCCGUGUCUAUCCAGAUGGGCCGCACUGUUCUCAGCCUCAACGUCCAGCCGGACCAUGGCUAUGGGUGCGCCUCCUUGCUGCAGGCGCCUCGCACCGAGGAACGGGCCAUACGCUUGAACUUGCUGGCCAGGGGCCGCCCAGACUGUGAACCCUGAGGAGUCUCGGUUGAGAAGACCCACCUGUGUCCACGGACGCUCUGAAGGAGACCUGGCCCUUCGCACCGUCGCAGCAACGCCAGACGCGCGGACUGCGCGCCGAAAGUGCCCA